GCGCGCCGGCGGAGCGGGGCCGCGCCGAGCCCAUGGCCGCGCUCAAGUACGCGGGGCUGGAGGACACGGACAGCGAGGAGGAGCUGCCGCCGGGCUGGGAGGAGCGCACCACCAAGGACGGCUGGGUUUACUACGCUAACCAUCUAGAAGAAAAAACACAGUGGGAACACCCUAAGUCUGGGAAGAGGAAACGUGUUGCAGGAGAUCUGCCAUAUGGAUGGGAGCAGGAGACUGAUGAAAAUGGACAAGUCUAUUUUGUUGACCACAUAAACAAAAGGACUACCUACCUUGACCCAAGACUGGCCUUUACAGUAGAAGAUAAUCCAGUUAAGCCUACUACUAGACAAAAAUAUGAUGGGAACAGUACUGCAAUGGAAAUUCUGCAGGGUCGUGACUUGAGUGGGAAAGUGGCAAUAAUCACAGGAGCCAAUUCAGGAAUAGGUUUUGAAACUGCCAAGUCCCUGGCCCUGCAUGGGGCGUGUGUCAUCCUGGCGUGCAGGAGCCCGGCGCGAGGCGACGCGGCCGUGCAGCGCAUCCUGGGGGAGUGGCAUAAAGCCAAGGUAGAGGCAAUGACCUUAGACCUUGCUUCUCUUCAGAGUGUGCAACACUUUGCUGAAGCAUUCAAAUCCAAGAAUCUGCCCCUCCACAUCCUGAUCUGCAACGCUGCCGUGUUUGGUGCUCCCUGGUCCCUGACGGAGGAUGGCCUGGAGUCCACCUUCCAGGUGAACCACCUGGGACAUUUCUAUCUUGUCCAGCUUCUGGAGGAUGUUCUACGCCAGUCAUCUCCUGCCAGGGUUGUUGUGGUGUCCUCUGAGUCCCACAGGUUUACAGAAAUUAAGGACUCCUCUGGAAAGCUGGAUUUCAGCCUGCUUUCUCCAUCCAAGAAGGAAUAUUGGGCUAUGCUGGCCUACAACCGCUCCAAGCUCUGCAAUAUCCUGUUCUCCAACGAGCUGAACCGACGCCUCUCUCCCCACGGGGUGACAUCCAACUCAGUCCACCCUGGAAAUAUGAUUUAUUCCUCCAUUCAUCGCAACUGGUGGCUCUACACUCUGCUCUUCACCUUGGCUCGACCUUUCACCAAGUCCAUGCAACAAGGAGCUGCCACGACGGUGUACUGCGCCACGGCGGCGGAGCUGGAGGGGCUGGGCGGGAUGUACUUCAACAACUGCUGCCGCUGCCUGCCCUCGCAGCAGGCACAGAGCGAUGCCACGGCCGCUGCCCUCUGGGAGCUGAGCGACAGGCUGAUCCAAGAACGAGCUGGCAGCCAGGCCAAAUAGCAGGGAGCUCCUGGAAGGAUCAAAACACACGAGUGUGUGCACGCUCGGAAACUGCCAACGCUGGAACCUGUCCAAUCUUAUCAUCUAGAGGGUUUCCAUGUACCUCAGAUACAGAUUAACCGGUGUUAAAUGAAAUAAUAGCAGUCACAACAUAGUGAAAAAUGUUAAAUACUAAUGGGAGGUGGGGAAUACUGUGGGUUACAGGGACAAUGCGGCUUCCUGGGGCUUAGUUAGUCUCGGUUCUCUUUCUUUUCAUUACAGCCUGUUCAAAGUGUAACCCAAGGAGGCGUCUUCUGUCUUAUUUUAGAAAAGCAAUUCUGCAGAUAAUUUCUGUUGUUUUGAUUAAUGGGUAGGUAUGUAGCCCAAUAUGGGAUUUCCUCCUUAUUUUGAUAAUUACUGUCUGUUAGGCUUUAGGUAUUGAUUGGGAGAUGGUAGUUGUGUUGAUUCUUUUUCCCUACAAGGAUUUUAUUGGGUGUGGCAAAUCAAAAGAUUAUUGAGGAAAGAAAUCUUUUCAGCCCUUGACUGUUGGCUGCAAGUACAUCUGCAUUGUCUAGAAAAAGAAGGUGCAGGAAGACAUCUGAACAGUAAUGGUAAAGUCACAGCUAAUUAAAUAUUUCUGGUGUUGUUUUUUUUUCUUAAAAGAUUACAAUAUGUUGUAAACCAUUCCCUAAUUACUGUCGAGUUAGCAAAGAUGAUGAUGUCUCCUUAAGAACACACAGAGUGUAAUCAGGGGUUUAAAUGGUAUUUCCAUCAAUUUCUCGGUUCACAGUUUUAAGGAGUUUUAUUUCCUUGAAAGUCCACAGUUUCUCAGUUCUCCUGAUACUGUAUCCCAUUCCAAAUCUGUCUUUUCUUUCCAUUUAAAUUCAAUAAAACAACAUGCUUGCUUGAAUAUUGUCACCUGAAGAGAAAGUUUGUCUCAUUUCUGCAAAUGUCUUAGUUCCAUUUUUUUUAGAAAAGAAAACUUGAGGAAAAAUAAAGAGCUUCUUGUUGAUGCCAAGAAAA